CGGCCGCUCUCUCCGGGUUUCCCCCCGACCGGUGACCGCGGCGAGAUAGGCUGCGGCCAGAUGUGGGGCGGGAGAACGGGUGCCUUGCUCCGGGUGUGGGGGCUGUGGCCGGCAGGGAUCCUCGGAAGGAGACCGCUAAGCUGCAAUGCUGCGUCUCUGGCGGGAAGCAAUUCCCCCCAGUGUUGGAACUGCGGCGGCCCAGGGGGCCCCAUGCGGGGGCACGAGUUCUUCUGCCCACAGUGCCGCGCGCUGCAGCCACCUGACCCCACUCGAGAUUACUUCAGCCUCAUGGACUGCAACCGUGCCUUCAGAGUUGACACAGCAAAGCUCCACACUAGGUACCAGGAACUACAGCGUCUUGUCCACCCUGAUUUCUUCAGCCAGAGGUCUCAGACUGAAAAGGACUUCUCGGAGAAGCAUUCAACCCUGGUGAAUGAUGCCUAUAAGACCCUUCUGGCUCCCCUGAGCAGGGGACUAUACCUUCUAAAGCUCCAUGGAGUAGAGAUUCCUGAAGGGACAGAUGAUGAAAUGGACAGGCAAUUCCUCAUGGAAAUAAUGGAAAUGAAUGAAAAACUUGCAGAAGCUCAAAGUGAAGCUGCCAUGAAAGAGAUUGAAUCUAUCGUCAGAGCUAAACAGAAAGAAUUGACUGACAGUGUGAGCAGAGCUUUUGAACAAGAUGAUUUGGAAAAAGCCAAGGAAAUGUUAACAAAGAUGAGAUACUUUUCAAAUAUAGAAGAAAAGAUCAAGUUAAAGAAGAUUCCCCUCUAAUGAUUACUAGUUUAAACUUUCCAAAAAAAAAGUUUCAAAAAUAAAGUUCUUGUAUAUUUC